GGUGUGUGGGAGGUGAGGCAGCAGGACUGGAGGACUGCGCUGCUGCUGUGUGAGGCAGUGUGAGACUGUGGGGCGGGGAAAAGGCCAUAAGGUGAGGCAGUCUGUGCCCAAAUCUCAGCUGGGGAAGCGUCGGGCGGCCGGGCGGACUCCGUCAUGUGAACUGGACUGAGUUACUGAGAAAAUCAGCAAAUAAGUUGGUCAAACAUGGGUGAGACACCAAUCAGAGAGGAUGGGACUGUGACCAGAUCAGCAGAGUACAUUGGCUCAUUUCCUAUUGAUGACUGCUGUUUGGAUGACCAAAUCGAACAGCUCUACACACAGCUGAAGCGUCUAAAGAGCUGCAAGCGAAGACGAUCCGUCUCCCUGAAAUUCUCUGUUAAAGGAGUGAAAGUGUUUAAUGAGGAUGAGACGACUCUCCUGAUGGCACAUGCUCUGCGUCGAGUCUCCCUCUCCAUCGCUCGGCCGUCUGAUUCCCAGUUCGCCUUCGUCGCCCACAACCCCGGCAGUUCAGACACCCAGCUCUACUGCCACCUCUUCAAAGCCCGACAUGCCAGAGCUGCCCAGUUCCUGAACCUGCUGCUGUGCCGCUGCUUUCAGCUGUGUUAUCUGGAGAAACACCCAGAAGAUGCUCAGAAUGAGUUGUCUGGAAAGACGCCCACCCGUGUGCCUUCACUACUGAAUCACGGCUUCCCACUCAGUGUCAGCGCUCUUGUCUCCUUCCGCAGGGCUCCUACUCAGGGUCUCUUACCAGGGGCAAAGGAGUCUCCCACACCUAGCCCAACUCCCAGUAGCGGUCCAGACGACGUCUUCCCGACCUCCCCCACGCUUGUACGUAAGAAGGCCAUCAGAGAGAAAGUUCUGCGCUCGGGUGCUUAUCGCUCCUUUACCUGCACGCCUCUAAAACAGCGCCACCUGCAGGACCAUCUGAACGCUCCACAAGCAGACAAGGGACAGGACAGUGUUCCAGUGCUCAGGGUGCGCGCUCCAAGCUUGGCCGAAACCGAAGAAGCUUUGGCUCACGCCGUGUGGAGCUGGAGUGGCGUCUCCAGUGACAGCAGUUCGUCACUGCUUGCUGAAGACGUGCUUGGUUCUUAUCUGCUGUGUAUUCACCCCAACAAGCCCAGCCCUGGCUCUCUGAUCAUACGUUUCCCUUCAGGCCUGGUCACUCUGACUGUUAAGACUCACAGACAGAAAUUCUUUCUUGAGAACUGCCACAUUCAGUUUGAAAGUCUGCCGGCUUUAAUCGAUCACUACACGGAGUUCAGAGGAGAGCUGGAGUGCCCGCUGAGUUGUGCCCGGGUAAAUCACUGUUACGAAUGGGAUGAAAACGACAGCAAGGCCCUGAGCCAACAGCGCUCACAACAAAGCAGUAACCGAAAUGGCAAAUACCAGUGCUGGGUGUAAAUAUUCUGUUACUUUUUUAUAUGUAUAUAAUCAUGCUUUUUAUGUAUAUAAUCAUGUAAUUGUUUAGUUUAGUUUUUUUUUAUAUAUAUAUAUCUUCUGACUGAAGCAGGUACCUCGUUCACUUUUGUCAACCGACUUCUAAACAUGUGACACUUAUUUUACUUUUUCUUCUUUUGAUUUAAAUUGACACUAAUGUUCUGCCAUUUGGCCAUCAAGAUGCACUGGAAGCACAAUGGUGGUUGGUUGUGGAAAUUUUGUUUUGUUUGACUCUGUCUGUCUGUUUGUUUGCUUCUUUCUUAGGAAUAUAACAUUUAAUUUUUUUUUUUAAUUAAUCCAUUGAUAUCUGAACAAUGACCACUUCAACUUUUUGGCACUGUGCUUAUUUUAUAUGUGCUAUGUAUGACCACAUGUAUGGUCAAGCCUUUUUUAAACAACAUGUUGUGUUGUGUAUGGCAGUGCUAUAUCUUUUCAUUUUAGUGGAAUUUGCAGGUCAGACACAGAGGGCAAGUGCUGUCUGCAGCUGUGUUGUAACAAAAGACAGCUGCCUUAAUGUCUUGCUGCAUAUGCUUUAUAAUGAGUCAGUUCCUUUAGAAGGCAACACUGAUUGGUUUCUCGUCUGAAAUUAAAUAUUAAUUGAAAUUAGUUCUAAAUAUCUUCUAACGUAUAUUUAAAUAUAAUUACUCCUUGCUUUUUUCAUGUUAUUUUUUCUCUCUGAAAACAGCUGCCAUUAAUGCAACGUACACCUAAAGCAGGAAAGGAUACAUCUGCACUGCCUUUUUAAAUUAGCCAGAUGAAGCAGGUGGCAUUUUUUGCCAACAUUCAUUUUGGACAUGACUCUGUACCUUUCUGCUUUAGAAUACAGCCUUCAUGGCAGCAUUAAUUACGUUAGAGGCUGAAAGGCUAAGGCAAGAAGUUCUGCCUGCUAACCUAACUUCAUCUUCACAAUUUGUGAAGGCAGUGUAGACAUACUAUUUGCUGCUUUGUAUUUCAUGGUCCUCUGGCUUAAUGUACUAAAAGUAAAGUAUUUAAAGUAUUUAUUUUAAGUGUUAUUUAUAAUUCAUUUUCAUUUAUAUUUUAUUUCUUCAAAAAUAACAUAUCAAUGUAAUAGCUGAAUUUAUGUCUAACAAUUGUAAUUACUUACACCACCAGCUGACCAACUUCUGCCUUCAAAGUGUAUCUCAUAUGCAGUUUGAUUAUAAGUACAUUAAUAACUAUGUAGCCUCCAAAGGUAUUGACUUGGGAGUCAGCAUAGGCAGCAAGCACGUGAGGCAGCUGUCUUUAAUUUCACAAUCCUGUUGUGUCUGAAUAGAAGUUUAGUUAUCUACUAGCUCCCUUUUGUUUUGCACAGCUAAAUGCUCAUAUUUAGCAGUGAGCAGUCGAUAGCUUGGAGUGUUAAGAGUACUUUUUCCCUUUUGAUUGAGAUACAGUGACCUUCAUCACUACACUCUGCCUUUUAAGUGAGACAGUGUGGUCUUGUGUUUUUAGACCAGGCUUAAACUUAAAUGUCUUAAAUGCCAGUUUGAUGCUUUGCUUAAAGGGCAAUGUCCGAAGUUAGUCCUUGUAUCCAAAUUACAAGGGAAAAAAUAUGUCCUGGCAUCGCCAAGAUAUUGACAGCUUUUUCUCAUUUUGUAAAUUGCUGUCUCAUUAUUUUUAGUGCUAUCUGAUUAUAUUAAGAUGCUUUCUCAUUGUUUUAAUAUGCUAUCUCUUCAUUUGAGAAACUAUUAAUAUUUUAAGAUACCAAUUGGGUAAAGUGCUGUUUGCUGAUUUAGUUCCUUUAAGUAACAUCGUAUUAUCUCAAGAUAUACCUAAUUAUCAGGAAUAUGUACUGGACCUUUUUUGUAGGCAGCAUUCCUUGCAUUUCAGACACACCCAGUAUAUCUGUUUAGCUGCGUGCAACAGUCUGUUUUAUCCAGUGGUGUCAAAUUGUGUAGAGCUGUAAAGUGAUCUGCCUCAGGUUGGUAAUUGCCACUUAAUGCAGGAGCUUGGUUUUUUUUUAGAUUACCUCAGCUGUAAACCUUCUAAACUGAAUUUAUUUAUGUAAGCUGUUUUAAUCAGAAAACUACUAACUAAAGCACUUUAAAUUUCUUCUGUCUGCUGUACACUGUCAUACCAGAGUUUUAUAUAAACGUUUUAUUCACAGUAAA